GUGUUAGGUUUGGCGAACAGUACGAGAAAGGGAAAGGAGAAAAAAAAUCUCUGUUUUCCCGCUCCUCGUUCUUCUUGAAAAACCAAGCACAGUAAGGAGGAGGAAAAGGAGGUCAAAGGGAGGGGGGAGAGGAGGUUAGAGGAGGAUGCGGGGGUGGUUUUGGAGCUCUGGAAAUGGAUACGCCAGAGCGGAGUAAGGUGGUGACGCCGAUCUCUAAGUUUGAGGAUUCUCCGGUAUUCAACUUCAUCAAUAAUUUGUCUCCUAUCCAGCCAGUUAAAUCAGUAAAUGCUGCGCAAACAUUUCAUUCACUGAGUUAUGCAUCUAUUACUUCAAUAUUUACUUCACCACAUGUCAAUCCACAAAAGGAGUUGAGGUCUUUGUUAAGGCAUUCUUUCUCGGAACUACCAAAACAUGAGACUUCUUCUGACAUUGACAACGGUCAUGGUUUAUGUGUUGGGGAAGCACAAGCUAUUAGAUCAUCUGGUUGCACUGUAAAAUGCUCUCUCAAUGAAGCAAAUCUUGACCCCCCAGAUGAAUGUCCUGAUGUAUCAAGUGAUCUGGCAAAAUCUGAGCCUUGUGAUGGUGGGAGUCCCAACCACAAUAUCACACCCUUCUAUAUUGCCAGAUCUGAUCUCAAGUGGGACGUGAGUCUGGAUAAAAGAAAAGGUUUAUUUCUCACUCAAGUUGAGCAUCAGGAUAAACAUGACUCUAAGCCAAAUGAGGAAGAGUUGACACAGUGUGGUUGGGAGAACUUGAUUGGUGAUGAUGCAGACAAUCUUUUGAUUUUUGACCCUUCCACUGAAGCAGAUGCUUUCGAUGGUCCAAAUGAAAAUUCACAAGAAAAUGAUGUGAAGCUCUGUAACUCAUUUCCAUCUAGCCUCCAACGAGAUGUUGCUGAUGAUGUGGCAGAAGGAUUGCAGCUUAAUGUUUCUUUUCUCCCUUGUCCUGAAGAAAUGAAUAGUGUACCUGAUGUAGAUCAUAUAAAAGAGCAAGUUGAAAUGGAUCAGACACCUCAAAUUUUCUUAGAGAAUUUUCAGAAUCACUCUUUAACAAGUGACAGAAAUCAUAAAUUAGACUAUGGCUUCACCUCUGGCAUUUCAAUAGCCUGCAAGGUUGAAUUUCAGCAACAACGUGGCACGAGGAGGCGCUGUCUAAACUUUGAGGUACCUGGGGUUCCUAAAAUGAGCCUGCAAAGUGACUCAACUUCCCAUAAUUUGAUCUCUUGCCCAUCCGAUGAAGAACAUCCAUCUGUUGACAGCCACCCAGUUCCUUUGAGGGCGGGAUCACCAUGCAUGUUGCCUGGCAUUGGCUUACAUUUGAAUACUCUUGCAAAAACCUCUAGGGAUAAAUUGCUUACUCGAGGAGCAAUGCUUUCUGGGAGAAGGUUAAUCAGUAUGCCAAGUUCUGCUGGCCCUUUAUCUCCAUUCACUGGGCAGGAACAUCAGGAUAAGUCCUUAUCCAUCCAAAGGGACCUCGAACUUCCUGGGAAUGAAAUUCAGGAUCUUAUGAUAGUGCAAAAUGAUGCCUCAGAAGUGCCUGCACUUACUUACGGUGAAGAUUUGCGUCCGAUUAGCCCCAAAAAGAAAAGGCGGAAAUCAGAGAUUGGUUCUGAAAGCGAUUCUUGCAAGCGUUGCAACUGUAAGAAGUCACAAUGCCUGAAGCUGUACUGUGAGUGCUUUGCUGCUGGAGUAUUCUGUGUUGAACCAUGCUCUUGUCAAGGUUGUUUCAACAAGCCCAUUCAUCAAGAAAAGGUCUUAACUACUCGUAAGCAGAUAGAAUCUCGGAAUCCAAUUGCAUUUGCUCCAAAAGUAAUAAGGGCAUCAGAGUCUUCUUGUGACACUGGGGAAGACACAAACAAGACUCCUGCUUCUGCCAGGCAUAAAAGAGGAUGUAAUUGCAAAAAGUCUAGCUGCCUAAAGAAAUACUGUGAAUGCUAUCAGGGUGGCGUUGGAUGCUCGGUUAGUUGUAGAUGUGAAGGGUGUAAGAAUGCAUUUGGAAGGAAAGAUGGUAUUUCAUUAUUGGGUGAUGAAGAGUUUGAUCAAGAGGAAGAAAAGAAUGCAUGUGAAGAAACUGAUAAACCUGAUGAAGGUCAACAAAAUGCUAAUAUUCAGACUGACAUACCCCAAUUCCCAGAAAACAUGUCACAGUCGACACCAACUCAAGAUUUCAGGCCCCCUCAAACUUUGGCUCCUACAGUUGGAGAUUCUUCUCAAUUGGAGUCAUGCACAACUCUCAGAAAUUGUGACAUUCCACUUCCUCAAUGUGGUAAAUUUGGAAGUCUCGGGAAGUCUAUUUUGGGGGAUGACACUCCGGCAAUCUUAAGAGGCAACAGAUCACUGAUCAGUGGUGUCAAGGCUUCAUCUCCUAACCGGAAGAGAGUCUCCCCUCCGCACAUUGGUACUCGGUUGACUCCAAACCAUAAAGGAGGAAGGAAAUUGAUAUUGAAGUCAAUUCCUUCAUUCCCAUCUCUGAACACUGAUGUGAACAGUGAAAAUCCAAUGAAAUAAUACAACAAUUUUCCUGAGAUUGCCAUGGAUCAUCAUCCAACCCGGAUGCAGAUAAACUGCAUUAAAUAUCAAGAGUUCGGAAAUGGUUUUAUCAUCUGAAUGGCUGUAAAUUUUCGUUUCAACUAGUUAGCUCCAGUUGAGGUAUUUUCCUAAAUAUAUCUGCAGUGUGUAUUUCUUUAUGUUUGUGUGGUUUAUCUAAUAUCUUUACCAUGUGUCUAUUCCAUGACGCAUAAACAAUAAAGGUGUGCCUUUUAUUGAUAAUA